CUACUGCGGCUGGGCACCGGCUCCGCUCCCGUGUCUACCCGCGCUCCAGCUGCGCCCGGCCCGGCCCCAGCCCGGCUCGGCGCGGCCCGGGCCUCUGAGCGAAGGCGCCGCUGCCGGUGGGCCGUUCACAGGGCCAUGAGGAAGCGGCGGCAGCCACUGCGGCCCGCGUCAAGGUGACCGGCCGGGACUGCGGCGGCGGGGAGAGAGGCGGCAGGUUGGAGAGUCUAAAGAAGAGAGGGUUUGUUAAGAGGACUUCUCCAGACAGGUUAUGUUACCUGCAGAGGCUGCCCUGAAGCUGCCUGCAGCCUGGAGACUAUGUACAAGAGGAAUGGUCUGAUGGCUAGCGUGUUGGUCACCUCUGCCACUCCACAGUUUAUAGAUGAGGAAACUAAGGCCCAGACAGGUGAACAAACUGGCUUGGAAUCACACAGCUGCCAGGGCAGCAGCAGCUCGGACUCUCUGGAGGGCCAGAGCUGCGAGUAUGCCAGCAAGAGCUAUGAUGCCGUUGUCUUCGAUGUCUUGAAAGUGACCCCAGAGGAGUUUGCUAGCCAGAUUACAUUAAUGGAUAUACCUGUGUUUAAAGCUAUCCAGCCGGAGGAACUAGCCAGCUGUGGAUGGAGUAAGAAGGAGAAACACAGUCUUGCCCCUAACGUUGUGGCCUUUACUCGGAGGUUUAACCAGGUCAGUUUUUGGGUUGUACGAGAAAUUCUAACAGCACAGACUUUAAAAAUAAGGGCAGAAAUCCUCAGCCAUUUUGUGAAAAUAGCCAAGAAACUUCUAGAACUCAACAACCUUCAUUCUCUCAUGUCUGUGGUGUCAGCAUUACAAAGUGCUCCCAUCUUCAGGCUGACAAAAACCUGGGCUCUUUUGAAUCGAAAAGAUAAGACUACCUUUGAGAAAUUGGACUACCUGAUGUCGAAAGAAGAUAAUUACAAGCGGACACGAGAAUAUAUCCGAAGCCUGAAGAUGGUUCCAAGUAUUCCCUAUCUAGGUAUCUAUCUUCUGGAUUUAAUCUACAUUGAUUCUGCAUAUCCUGCCUCAGGCAGCAUCAUGGAAAAUGAACAAAGAUCCAAUCAGAUGAACAAUAUUCUUCGAAUAAUUGCUGAUCUACAAGUUUCCUGCAGCUAUGAUCACCUCACCACCCUACCCCAUGUGCAGAAGUACCUGAAGUCUGUACGCUACAUUGAAGAGCUCCAGAAGUUUGUGGAAGAUGACAACUACAAACUGUCGCUCAGAAUCGAACCAGGAAGCAGCUCUCCAAGACUGGUCUCUUCCAAGGAAGAUCUUGCAGGUCCCUCCGCUGGCUCUGGUUCUGCAAGGUUCAGCCGGAGGCCCACCUGUCCUGAUACAUCUGUUGCUGGCAGCCUCCCCACACCUCCAGUCCCCAGACACAGGAAGAGCCACAGCCUGGGCAACAAUAUGAUGUGUCAGUUGAGUGUAGUUGAGAGUAAAAGUGCGACAUUCCCAUCGGAGAAAGCAAGGCACCUACUGGACGACAGUGUCCUAGAGUCCCGCAGCCCCCGAAGGGGCCUGGCCCUGACCUCCUCCUCUGCUGUCACCAAUGGACUCUCCCUAGGCAGUAGUGAGAGCUCAGAGUUUAGUGAAGAGAUGUCUUCAGGGCUGGAAAGCAGGGGACGUCUCUAUGCCACCCUGGGGCCCAACUGGCGGGUUCCAGUUCGGAAUUCUCCUAGAACCCGGAGCUGUGUCUACAGCCCCACUGGCCCGUGCAUUUGUUCUCUGGGGAACUCAGCAGCGGUGCCCACCAUGGAAGGGCCUCUGAGAAGAAAAACCCUGCUCAAAGAAGGGCGGAAGCCUGCACUGUCCUCGUGGACCAGGUACUGGGUCAUACUCUCAGGAUCCACCCUCCUGUACUACGGAGCCAAGUCCUUGCGGGGCACAGACAGAAAACAUUAUAAAUCCACACCUGGCAAAAAGGUUUCCAUCGUGGGCUGGAUGGUGCAGCUGCCUGAUGACCCCGAGCACCCAGAUAUCUUCCAGCUGAACAACCCUGACAAAGAUUCUGAUGUUCAUGGGGUCCAUGCUAGUCCACAAAAACUGCAUAGAUCAUGGUUGGUGUGUCCAUUGAGCAGUCUGGACUGGAUUAGCAGUGUUUUCUUAAGGAAAUGUGACACAAGGGGUGGCCAUGGUCCAUGGAUAGAAUUCAAGAGGCAAUGUUUACAAGUUUCAAACUGGUUCCCGAUUUCAUGCAAUACUGUGGCACAAACAUUUGGAUGAUGCAUGUAAAAGCAACAGGCCUCAGGUACCUGCAAAUCUUAUGUCAUUUGAGUAAGUCUCUGCAGGAUGUGGCGUGACUUCAGAGGCUUCUGGGAAUCCAGGCUGGGCCUGGUGGUGAAGAGCAGUCCUGGGCACAGGCUGUGAGCCAGGAUGCUGGGAAACUCACAGCUGGACUCAGGGGACAUGGCCUGUGGCCUCACCAUCCCAGAGGGCUCCACCAGUGUGGGAUCCACCUGUCAGUCCCCAGCAACUCUCAUGAUACUCAUUCUGCAGCACUGCCUCUCAGGGCGGUGGUCAGACCCCAAACUGUACACCCCGCUCUCCUUCUCUGUGCCCACCACCUGCUUCUGCGACUAGAGAGCACUCGGCCCAUGUUGGGUUCUCAGUGCUCUCUACUGCACAAAGUGGACAGUGCUCUCUACUGCAAAGUGGACAGUGCUCUCUACUGCACAGAGUAGACAGCGAGAGGGGCCCAAGAGAAGGAACAGCUGUGGAACAGGCUUUUUACACCCCAAGUGCACGGGGUUGCUCGCCCACAGGGCUGCCUCAGAUUUUGUACAACCCCAAAGCGUCCUGUGCGUGUGCGUGCUAUACGUAUGUGUGUGAGCGAGUGUGAACUCUUCAAGAAACAUGCAUUUUGGCACAAGACUUGUGACAUCACAUACUUCAUUCGCUUUGAGGCCCUGCUUUAACCUUAAGUUAUAGCCCUGUCCACUGAGGAAGGUCAGAGUGAGAGCCUAGAUUCCUCCUGUGUUAAGGGUCCCUUGCAUUCUUUUACUGUAAACAAACAAUGCCUUAAAUUGUGUCUUGUUUUCUGUUCCUAUGGGUGCUAUUCAUCUGGAAGGCCUGCUCCCUGGGGCCCCGGGUCCCUUCCAGGCCUCUUUGCUGUCAGCCCUUCUGAGACAGGACCUGGUUUCAGGACCGUGGACUGGGCUGCUGGUCUGCUUGCUUCUUCCUUUCCCCAUUCCUAGCAGGGCCUGAGGCCCUCCUUUUCUCACCCCUCCCACCAUGCCAGAAUGGGAAGUUGUGAUGUUGCAGCUCUGAGGCCAAUAUGCUCAUAGGGAUCAGCUGUGCAGGAGCCAUGAGGUGCCAUCCUCUCCCCGCAGGGCAAGGCCUGCCCCCAUCAUCUCACCCCUUUGCUUCCACUGCCAGGGCAGGGCCCACCAAGAUUCCUGAUCACGAUGGGAAGCUGAGUGGCCCUAAAGCCUUAAGCUUUCCCAAUCUUGGCCCCAAAUGCAGUCACCAGCUAGUUUUCCACUUUCCAAGUCCAAAGGCACAAUUGUUGAUGACUGUGGGACAAGAGAGCAAAGCCCAGGGAGUGAACACAACCUCUGCAUUCAGUUAGGAGCUCUUCACAUGAACCAUGUCCUUAUCUGUCACCUUUUGUCACAUUUUAAAGUGACUCUUAUUUUGCACAAAUACAUUAUUCAAAAUAAUAAAUUACUCUUUAUCACAAUAUCUUCUCUUCCCCCUUCCCCUUUAGUUUGGAUAGCCUAACUCUGAGAAGUUAACCCUUAAACAGUUUUCUGAAAGAGACUGAAUUUCUGGGUCCUUGCAGCUAUCAUGGUUUCAGAGCUCACACUAAUCAGGCAUCAAGCUACCCUCAAGAGUUUCUGAGCUGGAUGCUUCAAAACAACACCUACACCAGUAAACUGUAAUAGGUCAAUUUCAAAAUGACCAAAAGACCCACCACUGUAUUUUGACCAAAUAAUGACAACUUCUCUAAAAAUUUGAAUGACUUGGUGAGGAAAGUAGUUGUCAUCCGGGUCUCAUUUUGUAGUUGAGCCUUACUGUGCUUAGUAAUAAAUCUUCCUUUUGAGCAAAGACUAGAAUACUUUCCUGCUAAGAGAAACUCCAGGUGAUAAAGCUGAUGCCAUCAACCUUGACACUGGGUGCUUUGCACACCCACACGGAUGGUGCACCUAAUUCUUCCAGUGACUAUUCAGAUCAGCAUCUAGAGCCUGAAUGAAAAUGCCAGACACUCCAGACACCUUUAACAGAACAUGCAGUGUUAACAUUUUAACCUACACCGAAUCGGAUUCUACCUGUUAACUUUUAAAAAGUCUUAAGUUUGGAUGAAAGUGCAAGACGUGGAACAUCAACUACUUAUUUUCCACCCUGCAAGCUGUCCUGGUUUUUCACAUAUGAAGUAUAGAUGCGAAUCCAAAACCUCAGAAUUUCAGGCACCGCAAAAACAGGUAAUUUUCUGUCCCUUAUAAAUUUGUCUUUUCUUUCACAAAUAUCUCUUAGCCUAAUUUGAAAUAGCACAAUCACAAUUCAAAAUGGUUUAGUCUUCUCACUGAUUGAUUCUGCUACCACAUCCUCUCCCAAGAGCAUUGUUAGCUUGGACUCUUGAAGAAUCUCUUUAGACUUUGUUUGCAAAAGCCUUAUAGAAGCUGUAAGAGCCUUGAACACACCGGAAGAAUCCUGGAGAUAAAGCUGGAAGAUACUCAGCUCUCUAAGCAGGGGCUCAGGCCAAGCAUGGGCUUUAAGUACUGAUUGUCUUCCCAGUGUUGGUUUGUCCUCAAGCUGCAGGAACCCUGAGAGCCUGAGACAGAGGGGUCCAGGCACCGACCACAAAGCGUGAAAGUCCAUGGGUAAAUUAUUCCCCUGGAGGGAAGCAUUUCUAGUUUUUGCUCCUUGACUAUCCAGAGUGCACAAAUGUUUAUGAAGCCAUUGAAGGGAUUAUUUCUUGCAUAUGCUGUAUUUUUUUUAAGCAACUGGAUCAUGACAUCCCAAAAUGAAAGUUAUAGAAAGCUGUCUACACAUGUGGCGCUGGUAGCCGGUAACAUUGUUGUCCCAAGAACUCGCCUCUCUCCCUAGGACUAAUUUUUGUCCCUCUCAAUUGAACAUGUUUUGUCAUUCAAGAUCAGUCAAGUGCAUUCUGGCAACUGAAAUACUUGAUGGAGGAUUAGUAUGGUAGAGAGCAGUAGAAAUCUUGUUCUAACUGUGCCCAGUGAGAGACUUUGGCCCCCUCCCUCCCUGCAAGGCUGUGGAACCUGAGGAAGUAGAUACUUGAAGAGAUUCUGUUUAGGAAGGAACUCACUCUCUUUUGCCAAUUGAAUUUAUAGAGCAUUUUUUUUUUCUUAGAUGGUCAGUAUCCUCUUACGCCCACCUCCCAAGCCCCAAGAGGUGUACCUUUUAGGAUGCCAUUUUACAGGUGGAAAUGCUCUGUUAAACAGGAAGUCACUUGCAAGCAACAUCUGCUAUGUUCCUCAGGUGGGGCCCAGAGCUCUUCCCCCACACUGCUGAUGUCCUUAACCGCUGGGGAGCAUUGCCAAAAACACAGCCAUCUAGUUUAUGACCCCAUAAAUGACUUAAAUCAGCUUUACAUCAUUUUGACAUGUCAAGUGGUUUCAUGUUUAAAAAAAAAAAUUCCGAGUCCUUUAGAAAUAACAGAUUCUCUGCAUAAAACCACCCAUUCAUUCACAUCACUAGUGAGUGCUGCCUGCACUAAGAACAAGUCAGAUCUGAUCCCUGCCCUCAUGGACCUGACCACUCAACAAAUAGUACCGACCACACAUAUCUCCUUAGGCAAGACUUCGCUUCUCUCCUAGCCCUGAGUAUAACUACUCUGCAUAGACUCCUCCAGAAAGGCAUCAAAAGACUCAACAGACUCAGUAGCCUCUUGAUCUGCGAGUUCAGUUGCAAUGAGGAUGAAGUCACUAUCCUAGAGGCUGAUUGGCCCAGAAGAGCCAGGCACAGAGCUGCAGUUGAGCAUGCCAAGGAUUCCAAAGGUGGAAUGAGAGAGUAAGGGUCAGAAUGUCACAGUAUCACAGUGUUUGCUCCAUAGGUUUUUGUUUUUAAUUUCAAUGUCAAAUACAACUACAGUAUGAGCGAGAACUGCAUUUUCUUGGGUGUUGAGAACUUGUACCAUGGACUUGAGACAUGGGCAGACUCAAAACCCGGCUUACAGCAGCAACGCAGGAGAUCAUCUGUCCAUUCUAUAACCAUUAAUCUCUAUCCAUUUCUGAACGACUGUGACUAUUCAGUAAUAAAAUAAUAGUAAUUAAUUUAUUAGUAUGGUAUAAUCUUUAAUAAAUUUCGUGCCAAAAUGCAUGGUUUUCCACUUAGAAUUCAAAAUGUUGCAUAGAGAGUAGUUUUCAAUUUCUUAUGUACUCUUCAAAGUAAGUUGAAAAUCAGUUUCUACAUUUUAAUUCGUUUCUUGUUAAAUCUGUUGCACUCUCCUGGGCUGUCUUUUUUUCCAGCAGACCCCUGCAUGCUGUUGUGUAAGGACUUUCUCUAAUUCUUGUGAAUUGUCUCACCUGCAGUAACCACUGAACAUUGGCCCUCUGUGGGGUUCUUUAGAUUUUUGGUGAAGUAUUUUGUUACCUCAGUCUUGUAUCAACUUGCUGUAUUUUUCAGCUUGUUACAUUGAUAAUUAUUUCACUAAUUAAAUACUUUAAUGUACAAACAUCUUUGUUUACUUUGAGAUUAAAUGUGUUUUCCAAUGAA